CUGUGAUGGUGAUAUGCAAAUAAUUCUUCAUCAAAGUCCCGAACCUCCCGCGACCCAGCUGCAGGGAAAUUUGUCUGAAGUGGAGAGUGUGAACCAGCUACUCCGGCGGAAGCUGCGAGGGAGACGGGGCAGGUUAGAGCCAGAGACAGAGCCACCUCCCUCCCUGCCUCCCUCCCUGCCUGCCUGUGGGUCAGUCCGCUCACCAGCGGCUGGUCCUUCAGGGGGAUCAGCCCCUUACCCCCGCGGCUGGACGAUGAGUGUCUCCGGGAAAGGUUCAGAGAGUGGAGCGGCGGUGUCUCAGCAACAGGAGCGAGCAGGUAUUGAACGAAACGGCCUGGAUUUCACUCGACAGAUCAAAACUGAAGACCAGAGUGACUCUUCUACACAGGUAUCAGCAGAGGCAGCUCAUCUUCGUAGCUGUGAGGCUCCUCCCAUUGUGUCCGGCAGUUCGAUGUCAGUGGACCUGCAACCACUUCACACGCUGCAGCAACUUGUGGUGGUACCUGGACAUCACUUGCAGACAGCAGCAACAUUCCUCCUCCCUCAGACACAGCAAAGCCAACAAGGUUCGCUGCAAUCUCCAAGCCUGUUGCCAUUGUCCUCACAAUCACAGAGUGGCCUCCUGCCACCACAGCCUGGCGUGGGGAUCACUCCACAGGCAGUCAUUCGGCCAGGCUUAGUGGGCUCAGCUUUGGAGUCUCAUUUGGAAACUCUUCCAAAACACAUUGCCCCAAAACAUAUUACAUCUGUCCAGACAGAUGAACCCAGCGACCUGGAGGAGCUUGAACAAUUUGCAAAGACAUUUAAGCAAAGGCGGAUUAAACUGGGGUUCACCCAGGGUGAUGUUGGAUUAGCAAUGGGAAAACUCUAUGGAAAUGAUUUUAGUCAAACAACCAUUUCACGGUUUGAGGCUUUGAACCUGAGCUUCAAGAACAUGUGUAAACUCAAACCGUUGUUGGAGAAGUGGCUGAGUGAUGCAGAAAACGUUCCUUCUGAUUCCACACUGAACAGCCUGCCAUCUCUCCCCACACAACUGAUCGGGUUGGAGGGCCUUGGCCGUAAAAGGAAGAAGCGGACAAGCAUUGAGACUAAUAUUCGAAUAACACUGGAGAAGCGAUUUCGUGAGAACUCUAAGCCCAGCUCUGAGGAAAUUGUGAUGAUUGCAGAGCAGUUAUCAAUGGAGAAAGAAGUUGUUCGUGUCUGGUUCUGUAACCGACGCCAGAAAGAGAAGAGGAUUAACUAUCCAGCUACUCCAGCCAUCAAACCUCCAAUGUAUAGCUCACGGCUGGUUUCUGCGUCAGGAUCCAUCGACCCUCUGAUUGUGACACAGGUGCAUAACAGUCUGAGUGCAACAGCAGUUUCUUCUAGUUUAUCCAGCAGACCAUCAUCACCAGUCACCACAUCCACUGGGAAUGUCCACACCCCACUGAGCAGUCAGACUGGGCUCAGCACCACUCCAAGCUCCCGUUUCUGGUGGAAUGGUACCUCGUUCUUGCACUGAGGAUUGAACAUUCUGACUCCAUCUCAUCAGGACCUUUUGUUUUCUUAUAUUUAAUCUUCCACUUUCUACAAUGUCCAGUGUCCAAUCACUGUGAGGAAGGUUCGAACCAAACCUACACACAACAAUCCAUCUUUUAUACCAGAGUUUUAGAAUGAGUUUUGUGACAAGUAGGCAAAGCAAUUGGUGCUAGUUCUCCACUGGAUUCAUCAACGUGCUGUCUUUUUCUUGAUCCAAAACCAAUGGACUAUUAAACCUUCACCAUCUGCUGUUAUUAUCUAAUAACAAUUCUUUGCAUGAGCCAAAACCUACAUUUGAUGUAACAUUAGGUAGUGUUUAAAGAACUCCAAUUAAAAUGAAUUGAACUCCAUUUUACUUAAAUUAAAAUUUUAAUAUCAUAUGUAUCACUGCCUUUAUAUUUGUGAUUGGUUUAGCUCCAUUUAUGCUAAUAAGUACGCCGAGGAGGAGCGUGUUUACAGGAUAACUGGAUAAACAUUUAAAUGUUAGGUCUAGAGUUUUUAUGUUGAACCUAGAUCUUGAAUUCUACAUAAAACUAAAUAUUAAUUAUCAAAUAGUCCCAGCAUAAUCAACCCUCUCACCCACUAUAAACAUGAAGGAUUUUGCUUGCCUUCUGAAGUUGUAAUCACAGCAAUGUCCCAUCUGUUAUAUACAGCUCUGACCCUCCCAUCCAGAUGGUAGGCUUGGAAUUAUUACAUGCCACUGUUUCCUAGCCUGUAGAACAUGUAAUAAACUAGCAGCAUCAUGAGUGUGGUUGAAAUUCUUAUAAUGGUUUAUCUAACCCUCGACAAAAGAAUACCACCGCCAUUCUCCUGGCUUUGAUUUGCAAGGUCUGCUUUCUGAAUCUAUUCCACUGUAUGCUGAGGGUUAUCCGCUUUGAUUUUUAUAAGUUGACAUUUUUUUAAAUGUUGUCCAGUACUAUUUCUUUGUUUUUUAACAAGUAAAUAUUACAUUUACCUGACUCAUUUUGUGUUUUUAAGAAGAGUCUCUUCUGUUCCUGCUGCAAACACACCUCAGUGCUCAAUUUUAAAAAAUACAUGCAUUGCUUCAGUGUCCACCCAGUGAAAGUGAUUAUAUUUAUAACUACUAGGUCUUUUUGAAGUGUUUCUGCAUAAAUAGUCAUAGUUACAUUGAAUCAUAUUCUUUACGAAGUGUCCUUUUUCAAUAAAUGUGUAUAUUUUAUAUGAAGUUAUUUACUUGUUUUCAAGAAGUGAAGAUUUACCGAUUUGUAAAUGGUACAAUAGCAUGUACCGUGAAUAAUUGUUUCAUUUGACAUUUUUAUGUUCUGUGGUUGAGGAUAGUUGUAAAUAGAUGAAUUUGGUUGGGGAAUUACAUUAUGUACUCAGCAGAUCCUGUGCCACAGAUUUGCACCACACUGAAAUAGAAUGAUUUUUGUUUUGCUUGCAGCAGCAGUUCCCAUUGUGGACCCCAUGUUAUGGUCCCCCCUCAAUUGUGGCAGGGAUGGGAUCAGGAGUGUGGGAUUUUAUUUCCACUCCUGCCUUUCAGACUUUAUGAAGCCCUGCCUUUCUUUCACUGUCUGGAUUGUUAGGGACUGAAGAGAGUAGUCCAUUAGACAGUUCCUCUCUGGCCAUAGAAUGGGAGAACAUUACUGCUUUAACCAAUUAUGGAUUUGGUUUUUCUAAGUGCAGCUAUCAUUGCAUUGCUGUCAGUUCUAAUUCACUCACCAAUAUGUGCUAUAAACUUUGAAACAAAAUAGAAAUUAGGCCAGUGGGCUGAAGAGAUUUUAAAAACCAAAGCAAACUGAAAUGCUUCUGGCUCUUGGAGCAGGUUGGGUAAAGUCUCAAAUAAAACCAGUCUCCAAUACCUGCACAAACCUGGUUCUUCACCUUCUCUCAAAUAGUUUAUUAGUUCCCUGAAGUUUCAGCCGGUCUGUGAUAGUGAGGGUACUUGGCAUGACUGGAAUGCAGUGUACACCAGAGUGUGGCCAAUGUUCUGGGGAAGGGUAUAUGCAGCAACUUCACCUGCUGUAUAAUUAAUGCAAAUCAUAAUUGUUCAAAUACCAGUUUUCCAAUUCUUUCAGUAGCUUAAUUUAUUCUAUUAGGUGAUGUUUGUGAAUAUUUAUGAGAUUGUGUCCUGGGAUCAGAACUC